CCAAUCCGAGCGCUCCCAAAAUCCCCCAAAACGGCGGCGCCCGGCUGGUUUUGGGGUGUCAGCAGCUGUCCGGCGCUGGGCAUGGAGCGUGUGCGGGGAGCUGGGGCCGUGCUGGCGGUGCUGGUGGUGCUGGGAGCCCCCCCCGGCUGCGGGCGAGGAGCUGUCGGGGGUGUUCCAGUGGAUGGGAAAGCAGGAGUGUCAUUUCAUCAACGGCACCGAGCAGGUGAGGUUCGUGGAGAGGCACAUCUACAACCGAGAGCAGCUGCUGCAUUUUGACAGCCAUGUGGGGGUCUAUGUGGCGGACACCCCGUUUGGGGAGAUCCAGGCCAGGUACUGGAACAGCCACCGUGAAUAUCUGAAGUACAAACGAGGUCAGGUGGACACCUACUGCCGGUACAACUACAAACUUGGUGCCCCGUUCAGCGUGGAGAGGAGAGUGCCCCCCAGCGUGUCCAUCUCGCUGGUGCCGUCGAGCUCCCAGCCCGGCCCCGGCCGCCUGCUCUGC